CUGGCCCAAGCCCCCAUCUAACCAUGUCUGCUGUGCUUCCAGGAGUUAGGGCUAAAGGUCAACCAGCCAGCCUCUUUUGCAGUCAGCCUGAAUGGGGCCAAAGGGGUGAUCGAUGCCAAGGUGCACAGCCCCUCAGGAGCCCUGGAGGAGUGCUGUGCCACAGAAAUUGACCAAGGAGAAUGGCGUUUACCUGAUUGAUGUCAAGUUCAAUGGCACCCACAUCCUGGAAGCCCCUUCAAGAUCCGGGGAGCCUGGGCAUGGAGAAGACCCAGGCUUGGUGUCUGCCUAUGGAGACUGCACAGUUGAGUCUGUGGACCCUGCCUCCAAGCUCUGGGCGAUAACAGGAGGCAUCUGGAGGGAGCCCAGCUGAGUUCAUCAUGAACAUGAGCAAUGCGGGAGCUGGUGCCCUCUCGGUGACCACUGACGGCCCCUCCAAGGUGAAGAUGGAUUGCCAGAAGUGCCCUGAGGGCUACCGUGUCACCAUUACCCCCAUGGCACCUGGCAGCUACCUCAUCUCCAUCAAGUAUGGCGCCCUACCACAUUGGGAGCAGCCCCUUCAAAGCCAAAGUCACAGGUGAGCCUGGGGCCAAGCUGUUGGCACCUGCCCAAUGACUGGCACUGUGGCCACCUCUUAGCCCCACCCACUCUGUCCUGCAGCCAAUCCCAGGUGCCCUGGGCCCGCUGCUGAACACAACUCAACUGUGCCCCUGCCAUGGACUCCCACACCAACCUGUGUCUCUGACUGAAGACUGCCCCAAACACAUCCCAAGCCGUCCUGGCUCCUGGUGCGCCUGCGUGCUGUUUGGACAUCCCCACUGCAGCCCACAAAGCUGCCUGUUUCCUGGGCCAAGGACUGCAGGUGGCUUUGGCCCUUGUUCAAACCCCUGACAAGGAUAUCACCAUCCCAGCAUCUGCAGACAAAGGCCAGGCGCUAAGGCUCUCGGGGGCAAGGCCCAGCUUCCAUGCCAGGCCCUCCCUCAGCUCCACAGCAUCUCACACAAAGCUCUAGGGGUCCCCAUGAUCUCAGAGCACACAGCCCAAGGCCAGGCACAUGAGCGAGGGGAAGGAGA